AAAUAACAUGCAUCCCUUCUGCUAGUGACAAAAAUAAGCAGAUUCAUGUACAUUUCUCAGUCAGGAAAGAAAGAUGGAAUGGUGUUUUCUGCUAUAGGUCUGAUACAUCCAUAUGUACUUUUGUUUUUCUUUUCCAUGGUUAGACAUGGUAUGCGUUUUUUUUGCAUUAUUUGUUAAAAUUUCUCCUUAACGGUUGUGAAAGUUGUUUUCUUUUUUCCGCCUUUUCCAAUACCUUCUCUUUUUUGCGUGACUUCAUUUUUCUUCGUAAUUUCCUUCAGGAAUAGAGUUGCAGAAAAGGUUUCUGUGAAGUUUGGAUGUGAAUAAUUCUAAAACCUUAAUUCAAAAGCUAUCACUUUGUAAAGUUUUUGCUAUAUAACUUUUGCUGUUUUCCAUUUUGUCUCUAGUUAAAAAUGACAGAACAAACAAGCUUAACCUGUUCUGCACUUCAGUUUAAAUCAACUUGACGAUUUUAAUAAUUAUUUAGUUAAAUCAACUUGAAGAUUUUAAUAAUUUAGUUUAAUCAACUUGCAUCAGUUUGUCUGGAUGAACUCAAGAAAGUCAACUUUCAUGCGGAAUGACUUCAAAAAAUUCCAAGCUGUGAUGUUAGCCAUGUUAAGUUCCGAGACAAAUAUUCUAUUUUAUUGUUUUGCUCAGUAUUUUUACAAUUCCUGGUUGGACUUUGAACGUAAAAAAGAGGUUUUCCCGUGAGCUAACAACUCCGAGACCGAGAAUGUAGGAGUUGACGAAUGAGCGAAUCACUUGAUUAUUUCGCCAUAACUUUUCAUUUUUUUGAAUAGGACACCAUAGCAUGACUUAGCAUAUAGUAAUAUAUAAUAUAUUCUGGUAUGGCAUAACUGGGGUAGGUUAAGGAUGACUAAGAUCCCGCGCUCAACGUUUCCUCUCUUCUAAUCCAUAGCGCCAUUUGCAGAUCCAUGCUCCUUCAAUUUCAAAAAUGGAUUCCUCUGAAAAAGAGGGACUCGUUGAAGAAUCUGUAUCGAGUUUAUCCCAGCAACCUGGCUGCAUUUCAAACCAAAGCAGCCUUCAUUCAAUAGAAACCUGCAAGAAAAACAAUCUUUUCUCAGUCUUUCUUGAGCCAUUUCAAUGGCUACAAAUGCUAUCUUCCCAUCUCAAUCCAACUUUCAUCUUUGGCAUAGUUCUUGUCUAUGGCCUCAACCUAGGCUUCUCUGGCUCUUUCUUCAGAGUAGUCUCAGACUACUAUUGGAAAGAUGUUCAGAAAGUCCAACCCUCGGCGGUUCAACUAUACAUAGGCCUAUAUUAUAUUCCAUGGAUUAUGAAACCUGUCUGGGGUUUAUUCACUGAUGUUUUUUCAAUAAAAGGCUACAGAAGAAGACCAUACUUUGUGGUUGCUGGUGUUCUUGGUGGUAUCUCUGCUUUGAUGGUUGCUCUUAUUGGUAACUUGCCUGUUGCUUUGGCAUUAAGUUGCCUGGUAGGGGUUGCAGCAGGCAUGGCAAUAGCAGAUGUGACAAUUGAUGCGUGUAUUGCGAGAAAUAGCAUUGAGGUCCGAUCUUUGGCUCCGGAUAUGCAGAGCCUUUGUGGAUUUUGCUCCUCUGCUGGGGCUUUAAUUGGCUAUUCCACCAGUGGAUUUUUUGUUCACCAUCUCGGAGCUCAGGGAGCUUUAAUUCUUUUGGCAAUCCCACCAGUUUUUAUCACUGUAUUGGGCUUUGUGAUUUAUGAAACGAGAUCUUCCAGCCUUCACUCUGAGAAGCAGAAGGCAAUGGAAACCUUAGGAGUGGCCAUAAGGGGCAUGUAUCAGACAAUAAAGUUCCCUCAGGUGUGGAAGCCAUCACUAUACAUGUACCUCUCUUUGGCUCUCAGUAUCAGUACUCAUGAAGGGCAGUUUUAUUGGUACACAGAUCCUAAAGCUGGUCCUGCAUUUUCUCAGGAAUUCAUUGGGUUCAUAUACGCGAUUGGUGCAUUGGCUUCAAUGGUGGGGGUCCUGAUCUAUCACAAGACACUAAAAGACAUCCCAUUUAGAAACAUACUCUUGUUUGCACAACUCCUUUAUGGCAUAUCCGGAAUGCUCGAUCUGAUCUUCAUCCUUAGAUGGAAUUUAGUCCUUGGAAUUCCAGAUUACUUCUUUGUUAUCCUGGAAGAAUGCGUCUCACGAAUUAUAAGCAGAAUAAGGUGGAUUCCUAUGAUUGUAUUAAGCACGAGGCUUUGCCCUUUAGGCAUUGAAGGCACAUUUUUUGCACUGUUAAUGUGCAUUGACAGCCUUGGUUCCCUGACCUCCAAAUGGGGUGGAGGAAUUGUUCUUCAUACAUUGCAUGUCACUAGAACUGAUUUCACGAACCUAUGGUUGGUUAUUCUCAUUAGAAACAUUCUGAGAUUUGGGACUCUGGGCUUAAUUUUUCUUGUCCCUAAAGCUGACCAGUCAGAUGCUUUGAUUCCGCCAGAUAUUUUGACAAAGAAACCAGCUGUAACCCCAGAUGAUGAGGGCUUGGAACUUGUUCCCAAGAAUGAGAAAGAUGAAGUCUAGUUGUUUAUGUAUUAUAUGAAACCAUUAUGAAAUAGAACCUCGACCGGCAAAGAAUGAAACUGGAUGGCAUCUCCAGAUUUCAAGUUCAACCGAAGAUUGCAUCAUACAUCAUACUGUUAAGUCAAGAGAAGGAUCAUUUGAGAAUUUUCAAUUCCCGAGUUCACUGCUGAAUCCAUGGCCUCCAUUCUCAUCGACUUUCUUUUUUUCACAAAGUAGAUUUAAGGAUAGAAAAAUAAA